AUGGGGUUAAGGAUCUAUAUGUCAGGCCUUCCCUGGUGGAUCAGUGAUGAAGAAUCCGCCUCCCAAGGCAGGAGACGUGGGUUUGAUCCCUCUUCCAGGAAGAUCUCGCAUGCUUUGGAGCAACUAAAGCCUGUGUGCCACAACCUGUUUUCUAGAGCCUGGGAGCCUCCACUACUGAAGCCAGCAGACCCCAGAGCCCGUGCUCCACAGAAGCCCCCGCAGCGAGAAGCCCUCACCUGGAGAGCAGCCACUACUCGGCGCCAGCAGAGAGAAGCCCACACAGCCGCGGAGUCCCAGCGCAGCCACCAAAGGGGUAAAGCGAUGAUUUCAAAGCGCUACAUGACAGACUGGACCUGUUAA